AUGGAUGGAUCGAGCCAAGUUCUCUGUGGACGCGAGCUUGGGUCCCAUCUUGGAUCAUGGAUCCCAAGUUGCAGGAGGGAGUGGAUCCAGCUCAUGGCAAAUUGCCAAUGCUUGUCACUGGCGGAGGAGAUUGGCUCCAGGGUGAGGGGAUCUCUCUGCCGAGAUGAUGUUUUCAUGCUCAACAAGCUCAUCGAGAUGUAUGGGCGAUUGGGUGGGGUCGAGCAAUGCCGCCGGGUGUUCGACUCCAUCCGGAUCAAGGACUGCUUCUCUUGGGUGCUCAUGCUCUGUGCGCUUGCCCAGAGCGGGUACUUGCGGCAGGCUUACAAGGUUUUCCACGACAUGCCUGCUAGAAACCUCGUUGCUUGGAAUGCGAUUCUCGCUGCCUUUACCCAGAAGGGCCAUCUCGAUUGCGCUCGUAGAAUCUUCAAAGAAAUGCCGGAGAGAAGCCUGGUCUCUUGGACAGCGAUGGUUUCUGUAAAUGCCCAGUGUGGGUAUCUUGCAGACGCGCAAAACAUCUUUGAUGAAAUGCCUGAACACGAUGGUGUGAGUUGGAAUGCACUGCUGGCCGCGGCCGCGCAAGAAAGCAACGUAGAGCAGGCAUGGCAGAUUUUUAACCGCAUGCCUCACCACGGCUUGGUGGCGUGUACCGUCAUGCUUGCAGCACUUGCCCAGAACAAGCAUUUUAACCGCGCCAAGUUGCUUUUUGACGAGAUGCCUGUGCGAGAUAUAGUGUUAGAAACAACGCUGCUAGCGGAGUACUCGAAACACGGCCACCUUGACGAGGCUGAGAACCUUUUUAACCAGAUGAAAGUGUGUGACGUAGCAGCCUGGAACGCUAUGAUCUCCGCAUAUGCCCACAGUGGGCACUUUGCGAAAGCGAAACGAAUGUUUGAUGCUUGUCCAAGGAGAGAUCUCUUUUCCUGGAACUCCCUCCUCGCCGCUUACGUUCAAGCAAACCGCCUCGACUUAGCAAAACAAGAAUUCGAUCGGAUGGAACAGAGGGACGUGGUUUCCUGGAGCAUCAUCCUCACGGCAUAUGCCCAAAACGGGCGUUUCCUCGAGGACGCAAAAUGCAUCUUCUCCUCCAUGCCCGAGCACAACAUCGUCUCCUGGAACGCCCUCCUGCGAGCCUACGCCCAGAACCGCCACCUCUCCAGCGCGCUCCAUCUCUUCCACCGCCAGAUGCCGCAGCGCGACGCCAUCUCCUGGAGCGCGAUGCUCUCCGCCUGCGCGCAAAACGGCGCCCUCCAACGCGCCGAGCUCCUCUUCCACACAAUGCCCGAGCGACCCGACAUUGCGUGCUGGAACUCGAUGCUCGCGGCUUACACGAACCAGGGGCUGUGCCAAAGCGCGCUCCAGAUCUUCGACUCCAUGGCGGUGGAGAGCGCCGUGGACGAGAUCAGCUUCCUGGUGGCGAUCAUCGCUUGCAACCACGGGGGGAAGCUCGCGGUUGGGAGGAGCGCUUUCAUCUCCAUGGCAUUCGACUAUGGCUUGGCGCCAACCAAGCCGUACUACCGUGUCAUGGUGGCGCUGCUGGCCAGAUCCGGACACGUGGACGACGCACGAGGCCUCAUCGCGGGGAUGCCGUACGCACCCGACGCGCUCGACUGGAAGUGUUUGCUCGGGGCGUGUACGGAGGCCCGCCAUGGAGCGGAGAUCGCGAGCAACGUCUUCCACUUCAACCCCGGCGAUGGCGGAGCUUAUUUGCUCCUCGCCAAUAUCAACAUCCACAAUUCAUGCUCGCCACCACGAUCGAGAGCGUAG